AUGAUCAUUUGGGACUGCAUUGUAGUGGGAGCUGGAAUUGCGGGGUCCGUCGUCUCAAACCGACUGCUUGAGCAAGACCCGACCCUCAAAAUCCUCCUGAUUGAGGCUGGGCCAAACACUCAUGAGCUUGUAGACUUGAAAGCCAUCGAAACGGAUCCCGAAGUCACCCGUAAUCACACAUGGUCGUUUACCUCAGUGCCCCAAGUCAAUGUUGAUAAUCGGACUAUGCCCGCCCUUGCUGGCAAAGGGCUGGGUGGUGGCACUGCCAUUAACGGAGAAUCCUCGCUUACGAGAAAUGAACAAGGCGCGUGGGUUCGCGGCCACAGAGUUGACUAUGACCUUUGGGGCGAAAUGGUAGACGAUGAGAGGUGGACGUAUGAGGGCCAGCUGCCAUACAUGAGGAAGACGGAGACACUUUGGGACCAAACCACAAACCCGUCGGUUCACGGCCACCAAGGGCCAGUCAAGGUCGAAACACCAGUGGAAAUGGGCCGUAUCUUUCCAUUGCGCCAGCCGCUGAUGGACUCGUGGAGAGAACUCGGCGUCAAUCCAUUGCCCUCUCUUGACUCUAACGGCGGCGACAAUCUCGGCGUAGGUAACAUCCAAGAAAACAGAGACCACGGCAAGCGCCAGCUGGCGUCACAGGUCUAUUCUCUCGACGGCAUCACCGUCCUAACUGAUAGCCUCGUCGCUCGUGUCCUUGUGGAUCGGUCCCCUAGAGGCCCCCUUGUCUCCCGCGGCAUACAACUCGAGAACGGCACAAAGAUCUUUGCGCGUGAGACGAUACUCUCAGCAGGCGCCUACCACACGCCAAAAAUACUGAUGCUUUCCGGCAUUGGACCGACAGAUAUGCUCCGAGAGCACGGCAUCAACGUCGUUCUAGACCAGCCAGCCGUCGGCCAGAACCUGCACGAUCACAUCCUCCUCCCUACGUUCUGGCACUUCGCCGAUCCUUCCGCUGGCUGGGCCAAGGGAUCAGGCAACCCCUUAUUCGAGCAGCCGCAGUACGAUCUUGGUGGCUUCGGCGACUUCAUCACCGCCACCAAGCUUCCCGAAAAGGGCCUCGCAGACGCCAUUGCUCAGGACGAAGGCGGGAUCUCCCCCAACCCGAUGCUGCACCCACUUCUAAAUCGGGACCGUGCCGUUUCCUCACAUCAACUCCUAUAUAGCGGCAUCUCAGCCGACGGGUCUGCCAUCAUGCUCGUCUCUGUUGUUCUUAUUACCACUGGUCGCGGGUCCGUUUCGAUCCAGUCUGCCGAUAUCAAGGACGACCCUGUUAUCGACCCAAAUUUCCUGGGUUCCAAUUUUGAUCGAUUUGCCGCACGAGAGACGAUACGGGAGGCUAUCAGGCUCAUGUCAUCCAAUAUGACCAUAAUGGGUCGAGAGAUUAUUGACGGCGAUGGGACGGAUCACCCGCUGACGGUGGAUUCCACCGAUGAAGAGGUAGACGCUCUGGUCCGCGGUCACACUGGGUAG